UUCUUCACAGCCCUCUCUCUCUCUCACACACAAAAGUCCCAGAAAGUGCAAUUCCAGGCUUCCAGAUCUCAAUCACGGAGAGAAAUGGAAAAUAAGAAAUCAGGUGGAGAAGCCAUAUCAUCUGCACAAGCUGUGUUUCUCGGAGCUCUAGCUCCCGGUGUCAACGGUCCCACAUGGAAUACGCUAAGAACGGCGUUUGUGUUACUGGGUGUUUGCCUUGUUGUGAUGCUGGCCUUGGCAUUCUCUGCAAGUGACUCUUCCUUAAUUCUUCAUGUCGGAUUCCUUGUUCUAAUCACUGUUACCCUCUUCUUGCUUCUUAGCUGGUUUCUUGCGCAGACUGGUUUGGUUUCGGUUGAGCAUCAAAUGCGGGAGAUGGACUUGAUGCCAAAUGAUUGCCAAGAGAUAAGCAGAAAGAACAAAUAAUAGUUUCUUUUAUAGCAUUACAAGCAAAGACAUCAUUAAUUUUGGGGAGAAAUAACUUUAAGGGCAUGCUUGAUAACGAUACAAAUGGAAAGACCGGUGCGAUUUGGAUGCAUUCCUUCAGCAAGAAAUGAGAAGAUAUGGCUGAAAGAAAAGCGAGCAAAUGACAGCACUUCUUCCAUUGUUUUGCAAUAAUUGACCCGAGUGCUUACAUCUUUCAAUCAGUCUUUGCUUCCUUCUCCUUAUGUUGGCUCUUUUUGGGCUUGAUGAAGCAGAAACAUGAGCAGCAGGGGAACUGAAACAAGAACUUCAUUUCUUUCAUGUUUUGAUAAUGUUUGGAGAACACUAUAUAUAGAGAGAGCUCCAGCUUUGUAUCAAUAUUCCUUUUUUUUGGUUGUUCUUUCUUUCUUUCUUUGUGUAGUUAUUCUUCGCCCUCUUGGGAUGCUAUUCUUCUUUCUUACAGAUAAGAAGAUGCCUAGCUUCUUUUCCAUUA